GCGCUGCAAAAUUGCAGAAUGAGACCCUCACGAAAAUCCAUGCAUGUGAACCACCCUAAGUCCACUAUGGGGAUUUGGAUGAAGCGAAAUUUGGAUUACAUGCGGAUUAAGAGGAUCCACGUAGGUGGGAUCCUAGAUCCAUAUGAGUCCCCAUGUAGACAAGUCCACCGUUGGUACAGACUACGCUACGUAGUCUAUGCCACGUAUUCAACCAAGUUCACUCGCUGGACUGGAGUCAUGACUGUGAAACUUCUCUCCUCCCUAGCAAGCAAGCCGGUGGUCCUCGGUGCCAUUUCCUUCAUCUUUUUACAUGGUGUGACUUCAACUGAUUUUGUGGCUCAUCAUGCUGUACAUUUGGGCGAGAAAUAUGAGAACAUCACCUUAGAAACGAAAGAAGCCGAAAGAAGAAGAAACGAAAGAAGAAGAAACGAAAGUGUCAGAAUUUGCGGCAUUCGAUGCGUUCUACCGACGCCUCCCUGCUAUGCCUUCAACUAUCGCGAAUCCGAUGGUUCAUGCCAGCUGGUUUCCAAUGAGACAAGUGGCCUUGUGGAAUCUGACGGAUUUAUUGCUUAUGUUCAAAGACUGUGCCUGACGGAGCAUCCCACGAUUCAGAACGCCGAGGUAUCCUUUGAGCAUUGGAGCGGGAAGUUCCCAGCUCCACCGGGUGGAAAGGUGAUUCUCAGAUGUCAGCAUCCCACAGGAUUCUCCGAUGGCUCUCAACUCCACACGGCUGAAUGCGCUUCUGCGUCACCUGAUACUUGGUGGAGCUCCUUCAAAGAGGGCACCAUUUCCUGCUCAUAUAGGGGUAAGACGCUGUAUAAGUAUCCGGAGUGCCGUUUGACAGAGAAGGGAAGAGAAUACAUCGGGAAGGUAAGUGAGACGGAAUCAGGAAAGGAGUGCCUGAGAUGGGACUCUAAGGAUUUCGGAACACCCAAUGACUCUCUCGCAAACGUUACAUUUUCUGAGCACUUUUCCAACCUGGAUACCUGGUCUCACAAGAACUACUGCCGCAACCCAUAUGGAAAGGAGAGGCCAUGGUGUUUCAUCAUGGACGAAGGUACAGAAUGGGAAUACUGUGACAUCCCCAUGUGCACAAAUGAGGAUCCUCCAGAGUGCAAGGUAACUCAACAGGGCGGUGAAUACAUUGGAAGAAUGAACGUGAGCCAUUCAGGGUUCGCGUGCAAAGCAUGGAUGGAACCUUGGAGAAGAACAAUCACGGGAAACGAGACAUUCUUCCUACCGGCAUUUCCGGAUUACGGAGAAACUGGGGAGUCGCACAACUUCUGUCGUAACCCUGAUGGCGAUGCUGCUCCUUGGUGUGUCAUUAAAGGUGAAGAUCUUGACAAAGAAUACUGUGACAUCCCCUUCUGCAAGGUCCGAGAAGUUCAAGGUGGGUCCAAGGGGAAUGUAUAUCCCGAAUGCAGACUGACAGAGAAAGGAAAGGAAUAUGUGGGGACCAAAAGUGUGACCGAGACGGGAAAGCCUUGUGUGGAUUGGGAAAAAAAUCAGUAUGGUAUGCCGUGGGAUUUCUUCAACCAGGAAAUGGGAUAUUCGGAUCACUUCAUCUAUGCAGACCCAACAAUCCACAAAAAUUACUGCCGGAACCAUGCUCUGUACAGGGAAAAGCCUUGGUGCUUCGUCUCUGAACCAGACAUCGAGUGGGAAUACUGCGACAUUCCCUUAUGUCAUUAUCUUGAACCGCCCGAAUGCAAAUUGACACCAAGAGGCGGUGAGUAUGUCGGAAGGAGGAAUACGACCAUAUCGGGAUUUCGAUGCCAACAUUGGCUUAGUGUAUAUCCUCAUUCUCACGAAAAGAUUAAGGAAUAUCUAUCGGCAUUUCCUGACGAAAUUGACGGGAGACACAAUUUUUGCCGCAACCCUGAUAACACCGCCCAUGGUCCAUGGUGCUAUUUGAAGGAAUUUGAGCAUCGCUGGGAGUACUGUGAUGUUCCCUUUUGUCCCCGGACAGAAGGAGAACGAUGCGAUAUUCGUGUCUCGGGAGAAUGCAUGAGUCCAUUGCAGUGCAAGAAAAACACAGGAGGUCUCGCGUAUAUUGGAACGAAGAAUGUCACGAAUUCAGGCAAUCCUUGCCAGCUGUGGAUGAGCAUUUUACCAAAUGACAUAUCGGAGAGAGAUUCGUUCCUUGCACGAGAAUUAUUCCCGGACGACUUGCAUCCUUCUCACAACUUUUGUCGGAAUCCUGGCAACAAUCCGGAGGGGCCUUGGUGUUUUAACGGAGCUAGUAGGGAUCUAGAUUGGGAAUUUUGUGACAUCGAAUUCUGCUGA